GGUCGGCCUCUUUCUGCUCGACGGUCAUAAUGAACAGAUGUGCGUAGAGUUAUGUCUGGCACCAAAAAUUGUCUGGGCCGUCAAUUUUGGUCCAGAUUUAGCUUAGUACGUUCAUUAUGAUAAUCGACAGAAUCUGCACCUGUAUAAUAGUUUAUUUUCUUGUUGUGUUCAUUAUUUUUGUGAGUAAAUGAACUUAUAAUGAUGUCACUUCUGGUUGGGCGUUCUAGAUUAAACUUGGGCUCAUUCCGAGAGGUCCUUGUCGUUUCCUGCUACUGAUGUAGAUUUUCUUGUUCCAUCACUCGUAUUCGCAGGACUGUUACAGAUGUUACUACAUGUUCGCAGUCAUCCUGAACAUACUGCAGUGUGAAUAGUAAAUAGGAAGGAACAUUCGUGUUUUGGUGCUGUCUUCAGAGGAAAUAUGGUGUUGGAUGUGGGAUGGAUUCAUCUGGCUCAGGAUAAGAUUCAGUGGCCGGGAUCCUCAAAGGGCGGAAUUUCGUUUGGUUAGCUGAACGACUACCAGCUUCUAAAGAAUGAAUAUCAUUCAAGGAGUUGGUUCGGACAUUAUAAGUGAAAGCACCAUCCAAUCAACCACCAGCAGCGUCUAGGUGUCAAGUAUAAAGGCUGCUGAAAGGAUUGUUCCAAUAUGGCGGAUGGCGAAAUGAAGCUUUUAUUAGAAAAUAGGAGACUGAUGAACGGCAGCGUUGAGGACGUAUUAAAACAAUGUCUACCCGACAUUUUGGAGUGCCCAGUAUGUUUCGAAAGCAUGGAACCACCAAUCAGUCUGUGCAAAAACGGCCACAAUAUCUGUCCAAGAUGCAGACCUCGACUGAACAACUGUCCGACAUGUAGACAGUCCAUCCUGCUGACUCGCAACGUCGCCCUCGAGAAACUGGCUGAGCGGUGCCUGGAGAAGUGUCAAAACUGUGACGUUGGCUGCGAGGUUAAGAAGGCGAGCAUCCACGAUAUCUUCAGCCACAUGAAAGUCUGUGCCUACAGGUUGUACAACUGUGAACCUGGGAGAUCAGUGGGUUGCUGUUGGUCGGGAAGACGCUGGGAAAUAUUGAACCAUGUCGGUGAAACUCAUAAAAGAACGCUUAUACUAACCAAUAAUAAUGUAUGCAAGAUCAAGGAUUUUAUCAAUUAUGACCAUACUCUCACAACUCAAGUGAUCUUGGCACAUGGAGAACUCUUCUGGUUUCAUCAUGAAAAGAACAGUUUCAAAUCAAAAUUUUUCGGCGCAGUACAGUACGUCGGACCAGAAGAAAAUGCAGCAAAGUAUAAAUAUGAAGUUGAAUUUUUUUCGAGAAAUCCAAUCGGCAUGAAUAUUAAAUUCAGUAGAAACACACAUACUGAUACUGAGAUUAUUGAUGACGUGUUCAGCUCGGAAGAGUGCCUGUGUGUUUCUAUUCUCGCUAUGAGGCAAUUUGUAUCUGAAGAUAAAUUACGCUUCUCUCUUAAAGUAAUACAAAAUGAGGAGGAUUGUGCAGUUGUGAACUGAGUAUGGAACACAAUUUGCUGCAUAACAAAAACUUUCUUUCAGAGUGCCAUCAAUGAACUAACUCUAACAAAAUUAAUUCAGAAAAGUCUCCAAAAAUCCAGUUCACAGCGGCAGCCCUAUAUUUGCAAUUAGUUUUCCGUCUGACGGCAAUAAUUAUCGAACAACGACACAAUGUUGCGUGGAGAUUGAACAUUAUCAAAUAUAAGAAUUCUAUAUGGAAUACUGUUUAGAAGGCAAUAAUAUUAUACCAAUCUUCUUUUCUUA